AUUCUAGUAACAGUCGUCCGUCUGUCGCUGUCAUUGUGACAGGGACGGGUGACAGCGUCAAUGAAACUUGAAAAACGAAUUCGAAAUUAGUCGUGAUUGUUUUGUUUAGAUUUAUAGUAUUUAACUGUUUUAAUUAAGCACAAUGCCUAAAAGAAGGAGAUUAUUUACACCAUUGAAAAAUAGAUCAGCAAAAUCGCCACACAGUAACGAUGCCAGAGAAGUGGCUACAGCUCGUGGGAGGCUGAAAGGAGCCUUGAUGGAUGUACUGGAUCCAUCAGCAGACAAUAAUUCUGAUGCAUCAUCAGAUUAUGCUCCAGAGAAAAGAGACAGCCGAGACUACAGAUCAGAUGAUGAAGACAGGUACAGAAGAAAGAGGUCUCCAAACCGUCAGUCUUAUGUCCUGAAGCUGUUCGACCGAAGUGUAGACCUGUCGCAGUUCAGUGAGGAAUCUCCCUUGUACCCUAUUUGCAGAGCCUGGAUUGUUAACCAGCCAAGAGCUAAUUAUAGUGAACUUGGGAAAAGGGAAGAAUCCCAAUCAUCAUCAUCAGAAAACUUGGAGCUGCCUGGACCGGAAGGGCCACAUGUGUCUAAAAUACCCCCCUUGUUACCCGAGCAACUGAAGGCCGACAAAAAUAAUAUCAACUUGAAUUAUCGUGAAGCCCCACCACCGACGAAGGAGCAGCUCCUAGCUUCUCACUCAUCUCGUUGGGUGGCAGUGCGACAGGCCUGGCUGGAACAAGCUACUAAAGUAGAGGCACGCUAUGAGAACACGCAGCAAGUCCUCAACAAGAUGAAUGUCAAUGCCAUCUAAACAUCGUUGUUAGCUAGAGCUGGCUGAAUUUACUAAACAUUUUGAUUUAUUUACAAAUAUUUGUAUGCUAUGUUUUCUGAUUAUUACCCGAUCAUGUUGAUUUGACGAAAGUGUGAAAAUGAAACAAUUAAUAGUGUUUUUAUAGUGAUUUAUUGUAAAUAUAAGAUUAUAGUGAUUUUAAUUAUCAAUCAUGCA